AUGGAAACAAGAUCAUCAAAACGCAAAAAGCUAGCUCUGAUAGAACAACAGAAUGAUGCCAAAAGAACACCAACAACAGACCAAAUCAGUGAUCUACCAGAUGCUGUCAUUCAUCAGAUCCUUCUCUUGCUUCCAAUCAAAUGUGUUGCACAAAUGAGUGUUCUUUCAAAGAGAUGGAAGUUUCUUUGGACAACUUUUCCUGAUCUUGAUUUCACAACCCUUAAUCCAUUUCCACUUGUUUCAACCAAAAAUCAUAAAAAAGCUUCCAACUUUGCAAAAUCUGUACACCCUUUAUCAUCACAAAAACUUGAUUUCAUCACCCAAGUUCUAUCUAUUCGCGACACGAAGCAAAAGGACAUAAGGGUUCUUUGUUUUCGCGCCCGCGUGGGCUUUUCGCGUUUAAAUAACUUGAUUCGUAAUGCCAUUAGGCAUAAUGUUAGAGAACUUGAUAUUGAAGUUGAAACUGAAUUUGAUACAGAUGAUUUUUUCAACUUUCCUAGGUGUGUUAUUGGUAGUGAAUCUUUACAAGUUUUGAAAUUAAAAUCGGGUUUUCGUUUGCCUCCUUCGUCGAUCAUGAGAAAUGGGUUUCAAUCAUUGCAUACAUUGUCACUUUCACUGAUUAUUUUGUAUAAUCAGCCUUCUCUAUCUGAUAUGUUCAAUGAAUCAUCUUUUCCAGUUUUGAGAAAUUUGCGCCUUGAUUUGUGUUUCGGGUUAACACAUAUUCGCGUUGCCUGUCGCGCUCUAGAAGAUUUGAAUUUGGAAAGAUGUUAUCAGCUACAAGGUUUGGAUGUUUGUGGCGCGAAAAUUCAAAGAAUUAGAGUAACUAGUUGUUUUGAUGCCUUUUGUAACAAGACUUGGGUGAGGAUGAAUGUGCCAAAGCUUGAAAAUUUGAUUUGGAAGUUUAAUGCUGUUACUGAUGUUGCUGUUUUUGAGAACUCAAAUUUGUUGAAUGAAGCUUCUAUUGGUUUUUUUAUGUUGAAAGAAGGUAAAGUUAAUAUGGGUAGGCUUCAAAGUGCUAACAACUUCUUCUCUGGAUUAUCUCAUGCUCAUUCCUUGAUUCUUGAAAAUCAAACAAUUGAGAUUCUAUCAAAGUACAAUAUUUUUAUUCAGCCAUUUUAUAAUCUCAAGUCAUUAGAGAUUCAUACUGGUUUGAAAAAGAGAAAUGUUCAAGCAUUAGCAUUCCUAUUCAAGAGCUCUCCUAGUCUCAACACACUGAUUCUGAAGAUCGUCGACGACGAUAAGGGCGAAAGAAAACAAUGGAAUAGAGAUUUAUGGGAUAUGACAAACACAGAAGAAGAGAAGUAUUGGGAGUCACAGAUACCGAGUUUGAACUCUUUUCUACAACACUUGAAAGUGGUUAAAAUUCAAGGUUUUCUUGAUUGUGCAAAUGAAGUUACAUUAACAAAGUUUCUUUUGAAGCAUGGAAAGGUUUUGGAAAAAAUGAUAUUGUGCAGAGGUUAUUCAAAUAGAAGAGAUAUUCUGAGGAGACAGAAGAUAAGGUCACAAAUGAUGGGAUUUUCUUGGGCUUCUUCUAAUGCCAAAGUUGAGUUUCAGUAG